AUAACGCCGUUUCUAUGCCGAAGCUAAGCGCGAGGGGAGUGUACAGUGGCGCAUGCGCACUGCGCGGCUCACGGCACCGGGCGUCACACCGCAGCGGCUGCAGAUUUUUUUUUUUUUUCCCGUCAGAUAGAAGACGAUCAGCAGGAGAAACGGAGAGCGAGACGGCAGGAGGGCCCAGGAGAUCGAAAGCAGAGGAUGGGUUAAGUGGAAGCUGUCUGAAAAGGGAAGGACGGACACAGCCUAUUGAUCUCGCAUUUCCGGGCUGCAGAUGCAGUUGUGCCUCGCGCGCGUACCAUUUGUUGCUGUUUGCUGAAAAGCAGGGAUUAAUGGGAUUCUACUAAGAGAUCUGUGUGCUUAUUUCUCUCUCUUCCCUCGACGAUGGAUGAGCGGAACUGAAUGAGAGUUGGGCAUCAGUUAGAAGUGAUGAGAGAGACGGGUGAAGAGUGCCGCGUUGCUGGUGCCGUGUGCGCGCUCGGUUCGGAUCGCUCCGGGGUUGUUUUCCGCUCGCUGUUAUGAUGGAAAGCGCUGAUGGCUCGAGCAGCGACGCCAAACUGCAAAGCCAGCCGCUGGAGAAGAAGAGGUUAAACCGUGCACCGUCUCCGGCCAGACCUUUCCUGAAGGAUGGCCACUCCAGAGCUCUUAAAUCCACCGCGCUUACACCAAAAUCUCCUAAACUCAACAAGCAGCAGCAGCAGCAGCCCGCGGCGUCCUUCACUCCACACAGCCGCGCUGUGAGACGCGCCGCGACCGGAGCGAAGGACAAACCGGCGCCGGUGAAAAGCGCCGCCAAAUCCUCAGCGACUAAAAAGGCCUCAAAGGUCACGCAGGCGAAACCGGUCGGGAAAGCGGCGGACACCGUUAGUCGCCUUGCAAAAAGCGGAAAGGGGAAGCUGAUACCUCUGUCGCGCGCUCCUCUGGCCCACGGUUCCGACUCGCCGGUGCGCGUUCCCACGGGGCGCCUUGCUCAGACAGACAGCAGCUCGGAUCUGUCCGACUGUCCCUCCGAGCCGCUGUCCGACGAGCAGCGCCUCGCUCAGGCCGCCAGCAGCGAUGCCGAGUCAGGAGCCGGAUCGGGAUCCAGUGAGCGCGGACACGCGGCUGCAGAUGAAGCCGCGGACCCCGGGGCUGUGGGGGCCUCCGGCGCUGUGGGGGCCUCCGGUGGAGCGCGACUGCACGGCCAGAGAGCGGACAUCACCGCGGCUCAGCCACAAGCUUCACCUGCGCGAGAGAAACCCAAACCGGAAAAACACACCGAGAGCGCGCAGCUCAAACCGGAGGCCGGCAAAGAGCUGGCAGAGGAGGAUUUAUUACGGGAAAUUGAAGAGCUUCGCUCAGAAAACGACUACCUCAAGGAUGAAGUGGAUGAGCUGCGUGCUGAGAUGGAGGAGAUCAGGGACAGCUAUCUGGAAGAGGAGGUGUAUCAGCUGCAGGAGCUGCGCAGGGAGCUGGACCGCUCCAACAAGAACUGCCGCAUCCUUCAAUACCGGCUGCGCAAGGCAGAGCAGAAAAGCCUGCGAGUGGCCCAGACUGGCCAUGUGGAUGGAGAACUGCUCCGUAACCUAGAGCAGGACCUCAAGGUUGCCAAAGACGUGUCGGUGCGUCUACACAAUGAGCUGGAAAGCGUGGAGGACAAGCGCACACGAGCAGAGGACGAGAACGAGAUGCUCAGGCAGAAGAUCAUUGAGGUGGAGAUUUCCAAGCAGGCUCUGCACAAUGAGCUGGAGAGGGCCAAAGAGAUGGCAAUAAGGAGAAGAGGGAGCCGGGAAACAUUCAAGGACAAAAAAUCUCUUUCUCAGGAGGACAGUGCCGACCUGCGAUGUCAGCUGCAGUUCUCUAAAGAAGAAUCAGCCCUGAUGCGUAAGAAGAUGGCCAAGCUUGGCCGAGAGAAGGAUGAGCUGGAGCAAGAGCUGCAGAAGUACAAGUCUGUGUACGGGGAUGUGGACAGCCCCUUACCCCUGGCCGAGGCACCGGGUGGCGGGCCGCACAGCACACGUGAAGCCGAACUCCGGCUACGCCUCAAGCUUGUAGAGGAGGAGGCCAAUAUUUUGGGCCGGAAGAUUGUGGAGCUUGAAGUGGAGAACCGAGGCUUGAGGGCUGAGAACGAGGACCUGCGCUGCCAGUAUGAGCGUGAUUGCUUUGGCCGUGAACCUUUCUCCAGUGUGCCUACAUCUCCAUUUGGUGCAGACGCUCCAGAGUCUGCCACUGAGCUGCGACGCCACUUGCAGUUUGUGGAGGAGGAGGCUGAGCUGCUACGACGCUCCAUUUCCGAGAUUGAGGAUCGCAACAAGCAGCUGACCACCGAGCUCAAUCGCUUCAAAUUUGGACCUUCCGAUGGUGAGGCCGAGGAGGUAGAGGGUGGAGGUGCUUUGGCCAUGCUGAAGCCUGGAAACAGUGGUGCAAGCAUGCCAAUGAGUGGCACAGUGUCCCUGCAGGAGGAGCUAAAAGCCGCCCGGAUGCAGAUUAAUGAACUGAGCGGGAAGGUGAUGAAGCUGCAGUACGAGAACCGUGUACUGAUCUCAAACAUGCAACGCUGCGACCUGGCUGCACACCUGGGCCUUCAUUCUGCAAGUCCUCGUGAUAGCGAUGCUGACAGCGAUGCUGGCCGCAGGGAUGCCGAGGAGGAUGAGACAGGACGGCUCUUACUGCUCCACCCCAAGCGAGAGGGGCCAGUGGGUGGAGAAAGCGACUCUGAGGACCUGUUUGAGAAGACAGCUACCUCAGGUUUUGGGAGCGCUGGGAAGGGGUCAGAUAUGGGAGAGCUUGGAGGGGUGGAGCUCACAAAGCGGAGACGGGAGGAUCGCGAGAUGCUUGGUGGUAUUAAACGGGAAGCUGAGCGGCUAGGAAAGACAGUGGAGAGGCUCAUCUCUGACACAAACAGUCUGAUCUGUGAGGGGCGUCUUGUUGUGACCGGGGCCGACUCUGUGGGGGAGGGUUCUGACUUCAGGGGUGACGGCGACUCAGCUGAACCCAAGCCUGACUCUCAGUCUCAGGUGCUAGAUGCCAUCAAUGCUCGCAUGCGGACAUUCCGGGCAGAGCUUUAUGCCUUCAUGGAGAAAGUGGACCACCUGGGCGAAGGUCUGAGGGACCGCAGCGAUGAUCUUUCGCCAAUGCCUAAUCUAACUGAGUCGAGCAGCUUUUUGUCAACUGUCACGUCCAUGUCCCGUGACUCGCCUAUUGGAACUCUAGGAAGGGAUCUGUCGACAGACUUUCAGUCCGGCCGGAGGCAGGAGUUCGAGUGGUCCCUAGGCCGGCGGAAUGGCCCGGAGGCGCCUGCGCUCAGUAGAUACGGCAGGCCCCACAGUGUCAGAGCCGAGCUCCGGGAGCCGAGCUUGUCUGAAGUGGGCACUCCUGCCAGGGAGGCACCGUUCUGUCUGGAUCUCGAGAGGAGGAUGAGAGCAGGACAGGAAGAGAGGGACAACCUACCAUCCUCCAUCACUCAGGAGGAGGAGUUGAGACAUCUGGAGGCACGUCGAGGUCUGGAGCUGCAGGGUCUGCAGACGCACGAGCCCGCAUGGCCACAGGAAAGAGCUCUACUGCAACAGGAAGUGCGCCUGUUCCGGCAGAAUGCCAUCAUUGUCUACAUGAAGCUGCGCUGGAUCCUCAUGCACUGGAGGCUCGGGCGCAGGACAGACGCAGCCGAGGAGGGAGCUGAGUAUGAACGCUUGGAAAGCAUCCCAGAGAUUGGAUUGGUGAGGGAACGAGCUGAGGAAGACACAGAGCGGGAGGACAAAGUGUGUCCCCAGGCCAUGUGGGGAGACAUCCCUGACCCUGGACCACUCUUACUGUCCCCGGAUAAACUCCACUAUCAGAAACAGGCAGGUGACACUAGACGGGUUCUUCAUGCCCUGCGUUCCCUGCUGGAGGAGUUGAGGGCGGAGCUACGGGAGGAGGCCCAGAGAUGCUGUCAGCUGCAGCAGACGCUGGCCAAUGAGAGAGCAGCAUGGGAAAUACAGCGUGCUGAGAUGAGGAGCCGCAUAGCACAGCUGGAGGAGUCGAGAGGAGCAGAGUUAGUAGGCGGAGCAGACUCCUUGUGGCAGGAGAGAGAGAGGGAGCAGGAGAGGGAGCGUGAGGAGCAGAAGAGGCUUCUGGCCGAUAGCCACAGUGUGGCUCUGGAGCUGCGCUGGAAGCUACGGCACGGCGAGAGGCGAUGGACCCGAGAGAGGAGUGAACUCCUCGAGAGCUUCGAGAGGGAGCGACAGGAGCGAGACCGCAACGUACAAGACCUCCACCGCAAGAUGGAGAAGAUGCAGCGGGAAAUACCUCCCCGUCACUCUGAAGGAGGGACGCCGCGUGUCUUCUCCCCUCAGGACAGUCCCUGUAAGGCCCCCAGAUCUCCACGCUCCCCUCGUGGAGCUCCAUGUGCGGUGUCUCGUUCUCACUCUGACUCGGAGGCCACAUUGGAAGAGAGAGCACGACCCAGCGAGAGCCUCUUCUUGGAUGCUCUGUCUCUGGAUCCACCAAACGAGGCCGAAGUUCCUCCUUCAUCCAGACUGGAAAGUGAGAAGAGGUUCCCCUGUCUCAAUGAAGCAUUAAAUGAAAUCUCAGAGAGAGCGGAUCCUGUACUCUAUCCUGAGGAAGAGAUGACCAGUGGUAGCCUCCUCAGGGCAAAAUCAGUCUGCUCUAUGAGUGAUUUCCAGCGUUUGAUGGACAGCUCCCCCUUCCUGCCAGACAAGAGCAAGUCAGGUGAAUGUGGGCGGGAUGAGGUGACUCCACCCCUAUCUCCUGAUGACCUCAAAUAUAUUGAGGAGUUUAAUAGCAAGGGCUGGGAUCUCUCCAAAUCCCCACUGUCUUCCUGCCCAAUCCCAGGCCCUGUGCUGCCCCCACAGGUAGUGGAGGCAUGGGUGGAACGGGCAGAUACCCACAGACCUGUCCCUUCUUCAUCAGAUACAUUUCAGCCAGCUGCAUGGUACUUGACCACCAGUGCCACACUAACUACAAAUACCACAAGCAGCCUGGAGCAAUGUCAGCGUCUGGCUGCAAGAGGCUCCCCAGUGCCUGACCACUUUGGUGUGCGUGUCCUCCACAGCCCCACUAGGGCAGAGAGGUUAAACCCAGGACCAUCAGAUCAGGAGUAUGCAUUCUCCAGAGUGAGCAAGGAAAAUGAAGGGGAGGACAUUUUCGGAGGAAGGUGGCCAUGUGAACUGAGACAUUUGGAAGGUGGUGAGCAUGCAACUCUAUGCACUGCAAUGGGUUACACAUCCUCGCUUGAGCUAGAACUCUCUCGGAAUCUCAGUGAUGACAUGAAGGAAGUGGCAUUUUCUGUCCGGAAUGCCAUCCGCUCCAGCACAGCAACUGGAAGUAGUACUGCAGACCGUCAGAUGCGUGAUGCAGCAUGCCAGACCAAUGGCUCAAUGACACGUGGCACGCAAACCACACAGGGUGUGAAUGUGGCACUGCAGACACUCGCCAGCAGCCCUCGCCGCUGCCUCACUCCAGUUUCAUCGCCUUCACGUAGCCUCAGGAAGGCACAGUACUCACCUGCCACACAGGCCAAGUUUGAACGGUCAUGUUGUUCACCAAAAUACGGAUCACCCAAGCUCCAGCGCAAGCCCUCGUGUACCAAUACUGCACAAGGCAAAUCUGAACCCCCUGCCACCUCAUCGAGAGCUCCAACGCCAACUUCUCAGUCUCUGAAGGGCAACAGUGAGUCAGCAUGGGCGCGUUCUACCACCACCCGAGAUAGCCCUGUCCACACCACCAUCAAUGAUGGCCUCUCCAGCCUCUUCAACAUCAUUGACCAUACCCCAGUGACCUAUGACCCAGCGCAGAAGUUCAACAAGUCACCCAGCCGCUCCAGGCCCGUUGAAAGUGGGUCUGCAGGUGCAUCAGACCCUAAAGCAGGCAAUGGUGGAGCACCACAGGACCUUGCAAGGCCGUCCAGGGGUCGUUCGCCCAGCCCUAUCCAGCUCAUAGUGGAAUUACAGGGUGAGAAGAACCCAGAAACAAUUAGCAUCAGGCAGGACUUGUCAGCUCCACCAGGUUACACGAUAGCAGAGAAUGCAGCACGGAUAUUGAAUAAGAAACUGUUGGAGCAGGGCUUCAGGGAGGAGAAGAAACAAGGUUCAGCCACGGCAGCACAGAGCAAAACAGGAGAAGUGGACAAACCUGGAUGUAUUGAGGACCUCCCCCGAUCACCAGUAGCCCCGCCCCUGGACUCCUGUUUCCUUCGACCGGCACGUCCUGCCAAUCGCCGCCCUCCCUCUCGCUGGGCUGCGCGCUCUCCUUCUUCUUCACCCAACUACAAAGACCACAUAGAGAGGUUCCGCUUCCCCUCACCCAUCAGACCUGCUCAAACGAUCCCAGAGACAGAGGAGUCCAGUCAGGAACUACCUCAGCACCCAGCCUGAGGACAUCCUGCACCAGCCAAGCCUGCUCACUGUCCUCUCCUCUCCUCUCUUCUCCUUCUUCUUCUUCUUCUUCUUUCUAUCCUCACCCCUCCUACAAUUACCUCUAGACUUCUGGAUUGUUCUCUCUAUCUGUCCUGUUAUCUUCUCCUCUCCUCCCUGUCACAUUCUCCUCCUUUUUUCUUCCCAUCCCCUCUACUAUCUUUCCUUCUUCUUUUCCUCUUCUUCUCCUCACCUUUCCUGUCACCUUCAACUACUUUUUUUCUUCUCAUCCCCUCUUCUGUCAUUUCUUCCUCUCAUCCUCUUCCUCUCCUCACCUUUCCCCACCUCUUUCUCUUGCUUUUUUCUUCUCAGUCCCUCUUCUAUUGUUUCUUCCUCUCUUCCUUUUCUUCUCCUCACCUCCCUUGUUUUUAUCCUUUCCUAAUUCUCUUCAUUUUUUUUCUCUCUCUCAUUUUUCUGCUAAUCUUAUUUGGCUUUCUGUAUUUGCUUUUCUCCUCUCCUUUCUUCCUUUUUGUCUCUUCUCUCUUACUCAUUAUCCUCCCAUCUUCUUAUAUCCUCCUCUUCCUUUUCCCUGUCCUCUACCUCUUCCUUCUACCAUCUUUCUUUUCUCUUCACCUUCUUUGUCUUGCUUCUCUCCUCCUCAUUCUUUCAUCUUUCCUAUCCAUCCCAUCUUCCUCAUCAUCCUUUCAUUUUUUUCUUAUACAUAUCCUCUGCCUGUUCUCCUCAUCCUUCUCAUUCUGUCUUCACCUUCUCUUGUCCUUUCCUCUUACCAUUCUCACACGUUCCUCUCCUUUUGUCCUGCUCAUCUUCCGUCCCUCCUCUUCUCUCCUCCUUUCUCCUCUUCUCCUCCGUCUCUUCUCCUUUAAUCCAGCCUGACGACACAAGCACCACCAGAGUGUUGGACCAUUCUAGCUCUUCUCACACCCUUCACAUCCUCAACACAGGGGAUGAGAAAAGGACGAAGUUCCUUGAGCACCAGCCGACAAGCAACAACCUUCUAGUACUUUCUGUGAGAAUUCAAGGACCUCGAAUGUACUGAAGCAAAACAACACAACCUACUCCAUCAGAGGUGCCUAAACACACUUGAUAUCUCAAUGGUCCCAUAUACGUGUGUCUCUGUGUAUAUGCAAUACGUAUGAAUUUAUAUGUGUUGGUCAGAUUAAGAUUUUUUUCUUAUAUCCUGGGGAAAACCGGAUAAAUCGAUUUUGUCUAAAUGUUUACAUGUCGUUGGUUUUUUCUUUUUUUUGCUCAUUCAUUAAGGAUAUAUAUGUUAUCUCCCAUGUACAUACUUGAUAAAAUUAUUUUCUUAUUUUUUAGCGUGAUAGUUUUCUUUCUUUUUUUCUGCUUGUGGCUUAAAUUUAUUUGAGUACGAAGAAAAGACAUUUUAUUUAUUUUAUACACCGAAAAAAGAAAAUGCGACAGAAGAACAGAAACCUGAGUCAGGGAAACAUGAAACAUGAUGUCAACAACACUGACGUAUUUAUUACUCCAAAUGUAAAGUUGAAUGUUUAAUGCACCACAAAGGGAAGGUAACUGGCAACUGAUUAUCCUUAUGCAUAUUUUCCUGCAUAAUUUGAUCUGCAUGCCUUUUAAACCCUAGCACUUUAGUGCAUGAUAUUAAAUGCUGUUGUACCUUGUGCUAUAUCUCUAUAAUAUAAGACAGCCCUAUAUACGAACACACACUCACACACACACACACACGCACACACACACGCAAACCACUGUCCAUGGUCUGUACUUUUGUUGCCAUCAAAUUUACACAAGUUAGACCACUUUUUAAGUCGCUUAUUGUACCUAUUGCCCUGUCUUUGUAUAGCUGUUAUUAUUAUAUUUAAAUUCUUUCUUUAAUUUAAAGGACAAAAAUGGGAUUGUAAAAAAUAUGAUGAAUGUUUUAAAUUAAGUCAGUGUCUAAAGUCUAAUGAUAUAAAGUCUGUUUAAUUGGUAAUAAAAAUGAAUGUGUAUUUACAGAAAUUACCUGACAGUACCUGACUGCUUACAAUCUUCUGUUCUGUUCUAAUCUGAUUUAAAAAAAAAAAAAAAAAGGGACCAUCAGAGAACAUAGAAA